AUGUCGGUGCCUACAGUCCCAAUCGCGCUUCCGGCCGAUUUCCUUGGUCUUGUUGAGAGAGGGGUUUUGGCUCUGGAGCGCGCCUAUGGCGGGGGGCCCCAGCCCCUCUCUUCGGUCGAGGAAUCUCAGCCUCCUGCCACUACCGGUGACGUUGCUGCAGGCGAUGGAAGCUCUGUCAGUUCCGUUGUCGUUCCUUUGGAAGUCGAUGACGAGCCUACUCCUAGGCCGGCUGCUGGGGGGGAACCGCCUCGCAGCGAGGGGGUCUCGCCAACCUGGUCGGAGACUCCCGCGAUGCCCUCUUCCAGUGAGUUGCAGCAGGCGGUUGCGUUUUUGAAGUUCAUGAAAUCCCAAGCGGAGUCGCAGCCAGUGGCUUCUGCCUCCGGAGCGCCGUCUACGCCGCCGUCGUCGAAGCCCCUCCCGCCCGCUGCACAAUCGGCGCCGCCCAAGCAAGCCAAGUUGGUGGUUCCGUCGCUGUCGUCCCCUCGCCCCCGGGCUGAUCUUCCCCCUAUAGUUCUUCGGUAA